GUGACGGUGCGAGGUUGGCGGCGGCGGCGCUGCAGCCCCCCGCGUGUCAGGGGCCGGCGGGUCCCAUGGCGGUGGCGGCGGCGGGCUGGGGGCGGCGCGGCGGCUCCGCGCUCCUGCGUGGGGCGGUCGGGGCAGCCCCGGGCCGCUCCUGCAGCUCCGGGGCGCCGGUGAGGGCUCCCUCUGCCGCGGCUCAGGAAUUGCAAAGCUCAGGAGGAAGACGCUUUCUACUGGAACAUGCUGCGCCCUUCUCGGCUUUUUUGACGGACAGCUUUGGGCGUCAGCACAACUACCUGCGCAUUUCUUUGACUGAGAAAUGCAACCUCAGGUGUCAGUAUUGUAUGCCAGAAGAAGGUGUUCAGUUGACCCCUAAAUCAGAGCUACUUACUGCUCAGGAGAUAAUCAGUCUAGCUAGACUGUUUGUGAAAGAAGGUGUGGACAAGAUCCGGCUGACGGGAGGAGAGCCACUUAUCCGACCUGAUGUGGUUGAUAUUGUGGGUCAACUGUACAAGAUAGAAGGGCUUAAAACCAUUGCUGUCACAACCAACGGGAUCAACUUAGCCAGAUUGCUGCCCCGACUGAAGGAGGCAGGACUGAAUGCCAUUAACAUUAGCCUGGAUACUUUGGUUCCAGCUAAAUUUGAGUUCAUUGUCCGGAGGAAAGGCUUUCACAAGGUAAUGGAAGGGAUCCACAAAGCCACUGAACUUGGCUACCGUCCUGUUAAGGUAAACUGUGUGGUGAUGCGAGGCUUCAAUGAGGAUGAACUGCUGGGCUUUGUGGAUUUCACAAAAGAUCUGCCCCUUGAUGUGCGGUUCAUAGAAUACAUGCCCUUUGACGGCAAUAAAUGGAAUUUCAAGAAGAUGGUAAGCUACAAAGAAAUGCUUGAUACAAUUAAACAGCGAUGGCCUGAAUUGGAGAAAUUGCCUUGUGAAGCUUCCAGCACAGCCAAGAGCUAUAAGGUGCCACAUUUCCAGGGACAAAUCAGCUUUAUCACCUCCAUGUCAGAGCACUUCUGUGGAUCCUGCAAUCGGCUGAGGAUAACAGCAGAUGGGAACCUAAAGGUGUGCCUUUUUGGGAAUUCAGAAGUGUCCUUGAGAGAUCACCUAAGGUCAGGUGCCUCAGAGGAAGAGUUGGUUCAAAUCAUUGGAGCAGCAGUGGGCAGAAAAAAGAAACAGCAUGCUGGGAUGUUUAACAUUUCCCAGAUGAAAAACCGGCCAAUGAUCCUGAUUGAGCCUGCGUUGAUGUCAUUCCCGCUAUGCCAAGAUGCCCUACAGAAUCCUCCAAAUUCAAAACAGUGGGGCCACACAUUUAGCCAUCGGCUGACUUUGAGAGCAAGUUUACCCAAACAAAUGGGAAAAGCAUUAAUGAAAAAUAAGGUUAUAGGACAACUUUUCCUGCCAGGAUCUCACCCAGAGCAACAGUGGCACAUAACAACAGGAAUUCUACGGACCCAGCUCAGAGGCUGCUGUGUCUUCCAGAAGGACCCAAGCUCCACAUUUGACACAAAGUGCCUUGAGGCUUCUCCUGUUGGCCAAGUUUCUGUGGACUGCCAGUCCAAAGAGACGAGUCCAGGAUCAGAAUUCUCUACCAGGGAUUCAGGAUCUUCUGCCAAGGUACCUCGUGCCUCUGACAACUUGACUCACACUGAUGAGGAAGGACGGGCCACAAUGGUUGAUGUUGGAGGGAAGCCAGAUUCAAGAAGAAGGGCUGUUGCUGGUGCUGUGGUCCGCGUGGGUGAGAAGGCAUUUGGGAUGGUGAGGCAGAACCAGGUGAAGAAAGGGGAUGUGCUGGCAGUAGCCCAGAUUGCAGGAAUUCAGGGAGCCAAGCUCACCAGCCAGUUGAUCCCGUUGUGUCACAACAUCCCCCUUAACCAUGUUGAGGUGUCUCUGAGCCUGGAUGAGGCCAGGUACGCAGUGGUGAUUCGCAGCUCCUGUCAGACCUGGGGGAGGACAGGUGUGGAGAUGGAAGCUCUGACAGCUGCCAGCCUGGCUGCCCUGACUGUGUAUGACAUGUGCAAAGCAGUUACUCAUGACAUCGUGAUCGAAGAGGUGAAGUUGCUUAGUAAGACAGGUGGGCAGAGGGGAGACUUCUCAAGGACUAGGUCAUAUCCAGACACCACCAGCCCCCCAGGUGACCACUGCUCGUGUUCAGCCUCUACUUUUGUUCAGCUGGGGGUACCAUACAACAACCCUACAACUCCAGUUUUGCCUUACCCUGUCAGCUUACUGCAGGGUGAUCAGUGGAGCCACUCAUCCCUCUUGAUAACCAUUUGUGGUUUUUAGAGGACAGGCUUCACUACUCUGCUUCACUACUUCAUCUCUGUGUCCUCACCAUGAGCUUGAGCAAAGGUUCUUAGUUCUACCACAGAGGUUGGUUUGUUGUUUUGGUUUGGGUUUUUUAUCUCUUGCUGUGAAAUAUUUACAGCUGCUGUUAUCACACCAUGCAGCUGUGAGCUCUGGAAAUGAAGCAAAUGCUGAAAGUGCUGUUAUUUGACAAAAUUAAGUCAAGGAUUAAGAUUUCAGAAUUGUGUCUGUCCAUCUGCCCCCCGACCCCUUUAGCUGAAUUCAGAAGGUGACAGUGACAAGAACGUAGCUUGGGAACCUUCCCUUAGCAGAGAUUAUAACUGUGGAACAGCCAGGGUCAGAGGAGCAGCUCCCAUCCCUCCGCAUUGCUCCUGCCGCCCUUGCCUUUAAGCAAGAAAUACUCACAUUAUCAGUUUCAAAAGGGAAAAAAAAAAAAAAAGGUGGCAGCUUCCCAGCUCUGCCUUGAGCCACUCUGCAAAACAUGAUGUAGAAACAGAGGAUUUCUGGGUUUGGAAGAAUUAUUUUGCUGAUCUGAAAGAUACCUUUUACAAUGUUAGCAGCAUGUUCCAGUGUUUUGACCUUAGCACUCAAAUGCAUCGAGGCCCUGUGUCUGCAUGCUUAAGGGCGAAAUUAUGCCAUGCAUGGAGGUAGGCGUCGGCUGUCCCUGACCUUAGAAAUAGCUAUCGCACCAAGGCCCAGAAGAUUCCCAGUUUUUUAAUCCUACAGUGCAGCUCCUAGUAACCAGCAACCUGCAUAGCCCUGACAGAUAAAACAAACCUUAAGGCCAGUAGCCACUUGGAAGAGUUAAGUAGUUGCUGUUGCCUUGGCCAGAGUGUUUCCUGCAUGUCCCUCUAAUUUGCUUUCAUGAAGUUUUUUGGCCUCAGAGCACUUAAGUGUUCCCAUAAAUGUACCAGUGGCCACUGUCAUGUAGCAUUAAAUAGCUUUGAUAAUUGACUAUUCUAGAUAAGGAAUUACUCGACAUUGUUAAUACUGAUGGGUCCUUUUCAAAUAUUAAUUUAAAUGCUCUAAACAGGGUGUUUUGAACUUUGGUUUACUUGUUUUCUAGUGCUUAUGGCUAAUGUGAAGUUGCAUAUGAUUCAAGGUGCUCCCUCUCCAUACGCACAGAGAGUUGAAGACAGCUCUAAUAACAUUAAAGAGGCUACCAAAAAAGUGUCUUAAACUUUGCAAGUAGCUGCUUCUCAUGAAAUAAGGUUAAAUUACUGUGAGCACCAGUAAAGCACACACCACACUGUCACGCACAUCCUGCUCACUUAAAGUAAGCACAGGUCUAAGAGGAGGCGGCAAUUGGUUUUACUAAAAAUCUCAUACGCUAGCUACCACAGAAGGCGCUCUUUCCAUAGCAGGUGAAUUAAUUUGAUUCUUUAUUCAUUAUCACUGUGAGAUAGGGCACAUGCAACGACGCACAUAGCAGCUCCAGCUGAAAGGGCAAGGAGUCUGGAAAGCUCAGUGCCCAAACUCCAUAAACAUUUGUACACCUGCGUUCAGUGUUAUAGUCCUGAUUCCCCCGAAAUCCCUGAUCUGCCUGUAAGUUAAUAGUAGGGGCAACUCCUGCUCCUUCCCAGGAGUGUACGUACCGCUGCCGUACCGAGCACCAAUCCCAGCUGAGCCUGCGAAUAUGAGAGACCACGUUCAGCUGUGGAGCUGCUGUGCCAGGAGUGCAACCGUUUCCCUAGCUCAGCAUGGAAACAGAUCGCCAGGAAAAGGAAGCACGUGUGUAACCUGUUAACCGAUUUACACAAGCACUUAAUUCCCGCCCCCCCCGCCACGCACAACACACCCUGCCCUCCCUGCCUUCACCCAGCCCCUAGUGAGUUUUCAAAAGUAAAAGGAAACUAGAUAUACAUGGCAGUAAUAAAAUGAUGCUUUGGGGCAUAUGAUUCUUUGGCUUCUGAGAAGUUUGCGGUCAUGCUGUAAAGCUCACACAAAGGACUCAAGACCAUACAAGGGACUGCAGAGCGCACACGCGUGACCGUCACACACAUCUUACUACGUACGCACAUUUCACUACUUUCUUGAGUUGAGAGUGGCUGGAAGCUUUGGGCAAACGGCAUUUGGUGCCAUUUUAUGCUCAUAUUACAUUAUCAUGUCUUGAAACUAUGCACAUUUAUACAUAAUGAACCAAGCAUGAGUCAACGGAACUUUUUAUGAGAGAAAUGAGCUGAUAGCACUGUGUGUUUGGGUGGUGCUGUGUGGGCAAGGGUGUAAUAUAUGUUGAUGAACUGACUACUUUUUGGAGGCUUGCUUUUUUUUGUCCACUGCAUUUUUAAUAAACACUAGUUCUAAUGGA